UACUUCGGGUAGAGAGCCACCUCCCUAGAGGCUACAGCUAAAUAGCAACCCAAUCCCGAGAAUCGCUGACGCAACAGGUAGGGCACGGUGGGACCCAUGACUCUCAUUGAGAUUCGCGAUAAAGAAACUGAGUCUCGGUGUGGGGCCAUCGGCCACCUGAUGUGAUAGAGGGAUACCUGCCCCGCCUUCUCUUGCGCUCUCUCUCUCUCUCUCUCUUGAGUGAAGUAGUGCAGUGUAACAGUCACUGUUACGAAACCCUUCCCUUUGUUUCUUGUCAGUAAUUGCUGUUGCUCUGGCGGAAAACGUAUCAUGAUUUUCGUGCGUUAUUGACUUCAUCAGUUCGUUACUUUUCUUUUAAUCUAAGCAACGUUCGUUGCGGAGAUUGUUACCGAGUUGCGAUUCUGCGAAUGAGCGAGAAGGGAUGGAAAACUGAUAUUUGGUUGUUCUAUUGCCAAGAAAUUGAAAAUGUGGAUGCACCUCUGCAGUCAUGACCAAUGCAACUGCCUCCACGUCCACGCUGGACAAUUUGCUCUCAGUCCAAAAUACUAAAUCAAUAUAAACGCUCCCCAUUUCAAGUUCUAGGAUUCAGAAGAAAUGGGCACACUCAGUCUCUUAAAUUUCUAAUUUGCUUCACAGUUUGUGAGGCUUUUGGGAGUGUGUAAUCUUGGCCAAGAUGUUAUCGGCCUAUGGCUUAAUAAACUACUUGGUAACCCACUUGGAUCUGCCACUGCCAGUUAUGAGGAAAUGGAUGUAAUGCUGCAAAAGAAAGGGAACCUCACUUGCACCACACUCUGGCAGCUAAAAAUAUGCUUGUGAAGUGUGAUGAUGUUUAAUAGCCUGCCAUCAGACACAAUUUGUUGAGGAGUAUUUGGAAUCUUUUGGGGAUUAUGGGAUACAGUUUAGAGCUGAAAAGUAGUUCAAGGCAGCAUCAAACCUCAAAAAUAGUGAAGGAGAAGUUCCAAUCACCCCAAGCAAAUCAAAGUCUAAAGUUUCAAGACAAGUUUAAAGUAGAAAAUUCUAUUGGUGAUCUGCAUACAAUAGUACGACAGAAUGUAAAUGAAGGAUCUUUGUUCCAACGGAAAUUUUCUGCUGGUCACCAAAAGCAGCACACCAGUAGGAAGGCAACUAAAGAUGAUGAGCUUGUCAAGCACAUGUCAAAUUUGCCAGGUUAUCUCCAGCGCAUUGAAAAAGGAGAAAACCUUCAAGAAAAGGCUUUGAAUUUUGGAGUUCUUGAUUGGGAGAGCUUAGAAAAAUGGAAGCAUAACCAGAAGCAUGUGCCAGAAAGAGGCAGCACAAAUGCAUCAUCCACCGGUUGUAAUUCAUCAUUGGUUUCGUCAAUUGGAUCAUCUACCUUGUCUAGUAGAGAUCAGAAUGGGACUCGCAUUCGUCACAGUAAGCAACACUUGUCACCUUGUUCUAAUAUUAGUUCAUCUCAUAAGGGAGAUCUUUCUCAAGGUGCCAAACUAGCCCGAGGGAAGGUUACAUGCCUUAAAGAUUUUGAAACUUCACCAAAUAGCAACUUGGGUAGGCAGCGAAAACUCCACUAUACAGACAAGCCUUUUAGCAGAAGUUAUUCGGAGACAUUGCGCAAGAAAAAGGAUGUAGAUCAAAAGAUGUCAGAAAUGGGGACUUCAUCGUCAAACCUGAGAAAGCAUGGGGUUUCAUUGAGUUCAAAGAAACAGAUGAGUAGUUCAGAAGCUGAAAUUGAGAAGAGAGUUGAAGUGUCAGAAGAAUCAGAUUCUGAUCUUGCUCGCAAACAUUGCUCAGACAAGCAUAAGAACAUUGUUCUCCUUUUACCCACUAAUCUCCCUCAAAACAGUUCUUCAGAGGCAUUUCAGCUCCCAGAAGGCAGAAAAUUAUUUGAUGAAAAAUCAACAGUAAAUUUUCCAAAACGCAUUUCAGGUGACUUUUCUCCUGAGAAGAUUCACUCAGUGGGACUCCCUUCUGAAAUUCCACACUCUUGUCCACUGCCCUGUAGAGAGGAGUUGUACACCAAGUCAGAUAUGAAACCACAAUCCAUGAACAUCACUCAGGGAAUGGAGCUUCCAUCUAAUGCAUGUCACAUGUCUCCAUGUUCAAGAGAGAAACCAACCAUGCAAUCUGAAGGCAGGUCAGAAACAAAACCUAUGAAUUCAGCUGUAAUCGAGAUGUCCAAAAAACAGGACCUGGAAACUGCCAAAGGAAGAAAUCCGUCACCUAAUCGCCGGUUUACCCUUGGCCUAGCUAGGAUGAGCAGAAGCUUCAGUUUUAAGGAGGGCUCUGCUCUUCCACAAUUGAGCUCUACAUAUGUUACAGUCAGGUCUGGUCCGGCAAAAUCUGAAUCUUCUGCUUGUUCAGUUAACUCAAGCAGAGAAAAGGCAAAUGCUAAUAGCAGAGCCAGGUCGAGCCCUUUAAGAAGGUUACUGGACCCGCUACUGAGACCCAAGGCAGCAAACCUACUCCAAUCUGCUGAGACUGUCCAGGCAUUGGAAGGAAGCUUAUGUAGACCUUUAGACUUCUGUGAAUCUCUUCAUAAUGAGAAGCAUGAGGCAUCAACAAUCCAAGCCGUUUUGCAACUUACAAUGAAGAAUGGACUCCCUUUGUUUAAAUUUGUGGUCAACAACAAAAGCACAAUUCUUGCUGCCACUGUGAAAGAACUAACUGCAUCUGGGAAGGAUGAUUCGAGCUGGAUUUACACAUUUUACUCUGUUCAUAAAAUUAAAAAGAAGAGUGGAAGCUGGAUGAGUCAAGGUAGCAAAGGGAACAGUUCUAGUUAUGUCUAUAAUGUGGUGGGUCAGAUGAAUGUUUCCAGCUCUCAUUUCACAGAGUCUGAACAGAACCUCAAGAACCAAUACACAGUGAAAGAGUCUGUCUUGGUUGGUGUUGACCUAAGACAAGGAAAAGAGGAAACACCGGAGUUUAUGCCAAACAGGGAGCUUGCAGCCAUUGUCAUCAAAAUUCCAAUUGAGAACUUGAACCAUGGAGGGGAUAGCAAUAAAAAUAAAGAUCUAAUGGGGAAAGGAUUCAAAGAAUGUUUGCCUGAAGAUAGAUGCUCUUGUAAAUUAGGAGAAAAUGGGGAUCCUUGUAGCACCACUGUCAUACUUCCAAGUGGUGUGCAUGGGUUGCCCAGUAGAGGAGCACCUUCACCUUUGAUUGAUCGAUGGAAGUCUUCUGGAUCAUGUGAUUGCGGAGGUUGGGAUAUUGGUUGCAAACUUCAAAUUCUCACCAGCCAAGAUCACUGUUGUUGGACUUCAAGAUUGCCCAACCAUUGCAAUGCCACAAAUCGUUUUGAUCUUUUUGUUCAGGGAGGAGGGUAUCAAGAAAAGAAGCUCAUCUUCAGCAUGGUGCCAUUCAAGGAGGGAAUUUACUCGGUUGAAUUCAAUGCAACAAUCUCUCUGAUACAGGCAUUCUCCAUUUGCGCAGCAGUUACAAGCCAACAAAAAUCACCUGUUCUCUCAGAAGCCAUUAUGUCAGAAGCAGGACUUUCGGAGGAACCCAUUCCAGAUGGAUGUGAUGGAGUAAAGACUCCCACUCUCCUCAAAGGGGAUGCUGGUUCAAAGUUUGUCCCAUAUCCUCCCCUCUCUCCUGUUGGAAGAGUCUAGUCCCAUGGUUGCAAACAGCAAUUGGAGGAAGACAACAUUUGUGCCCGUUUAAGACCCUUUAAGCAUAGUGGCAGACAACAUUUGUGCCCGUUUUAGUUUUGUAACUUCUGUAGUAUCAGCGGUAAGACAAUCCAUGUAUGUACCAAAUAAAGGCAAUACAACAUAUAACAUCAGCA